AUGAGGUCAACAGGAUCAAUUGAAAUGUCUCGCACACAAGCAGCACUGAUGUCUGUUUCGAAACGCAUCUUUGCUGUGUCGCUUUCUCCCGAGAACUGUGUAACUUUGGAACGAUCAAUUACAUCUUGUUCAGAAGACAACAAAAAGACAAAAUUUGCGGAGAAGAAUAUUGCGAUAUCGCUUUCUCGAAAAAAAUAUUUAACUCAGGAACGAUCAAAUAACUUUCCUUCAGAUGACACAAGGAGGGCAAAAAUUGCGGAUAAGAAGACGAAGCAACACAAAUUUGCUACAUCACUUCCUCGAAAGAACUCUGUAACUGAGGAACAUUCCAUUGACCAUUCUCCGGACGACAAAAGAGAAACAAAAAUCGUCGAGAAGAUGAAUAAACUUCCUCAAAAGAACCCUGUUACUCUGGAACAUGUAAACCACUACUCUGUCAAGGACACGAAGAAGAAAAAAUUGGCGGAGAGGAAGAUCAGUGAACCAAGUAACACCACGAAGGUAAUUAGGAAAAGAAGGCAUUCGACUACACCAGCACCAAGACUGAAAGAAGUUGCCAUCCAACCUCGUCUCAGACAUGCAAAAUCGUUGACUGAGAUUCCCAACACGGAGAUCGUCGAUGGAUUAUUUACGACGACUCUUUGCUCCACGGAACUAUGA